AAUUGAAUUGAAUUGAAUUAUUUUGAUUUCGACUAGGUACAUGUUUCCAUGAACCUACCGAAUUCGAAUUAGGUAUUUUUAUCGUAAAUUAAUUUAAAUUGCAUUGUAUUGACUUAAAUAUACCUAUCGCAAGCAAUUCGCAUUAUAUUACGCUUAUGUUUUAAUAAAUUAUUAUGUUUCUUAGUUCAAUAAGAGUAUUUAAUAGUAUAGGUUCACCAAAUAUUCGAUUUCAAAUGGCUAUACGGCAAUCUAGUGAUACGGCAAAGUUCCGAGAAUAUUUAAAUGCGGCAAAAGAGGUUGUUAUUUUAUCCGGGGCAGGAAUAAGUGCGGAAUCCGGAAUACCGACCUUUAGGGGUGCAGGUGGUUUUUGGAGAAAGUAUCAGGCGUCUUCCUUAGCGACACCAGAGGCAUUUCACACUAGUCCAAGUUUAGUUUGGGAAUUUUAUCAUUAUCGACGAGAAGUUGCGGCCAAAGCCCAGCCUAAUGCGGGUCACCUAGCCAUUGCUGAUUAUGAAAAAAGGAAUGGAGCUGAUAAGAAAGUGACAGUAAUAACACAAAAUGUGGAUGGACUGCAUAAAAGAGCUGGCACAAACAACUUAAUUGAACUUCAUGGUAAUUUGUAUAAAACUCGCUGUACCAAGUGCAAGGAAGUGUUGAUCAAUACAGAUUCACCUAUAUGUGAGGCACUAGCUAAUCGCGGAGCACCUGAUGCAAAUAUUGUAGGAUCAGAAAUCCCUAUUUAUUCUCUACCACACUGCAAAAAGCCUCAUUGUGGUGGUCUGCUCAGGCCACACAUAGUUUGGUUUGGUGAAGGCUUAGAUUCCAAUGUGCUGGAGCAAGCAGGAAACGCGAUGGCAGGCUGUGACGUCUGUCUUGUAGUAGGUACUUCAUCGGUAGUGUACCCUGCAGCCAUGUUUGCCCCUCAGGCGGCACAAAGAGGGGCAAUUGUUGCUGAAUUUAACAUUGAACCCACGCCUGCUACACCAGACUUCCAUUUUUAUUUUGAAGGCCCUUGCGGCACAACACUCCCUGGUGUCUUAUCAGCUAAUUAAUUAUUGAUUAAUUAGCAUUAGAAAGUUUAAGAUGAUGCUAACUGAGUUUACUUUCAUAAUAAUAUAGUAUGUGAUAUAAAAACGUAAACAAAAAGGUUUUACUAAUAAUAAAAUUUAGUUUACGUAGUGUUCCAAAUUUUACGGGAAAAAAAGUGUUACCUCGGGCUAAGAGGCUGUGUUUUUAAACUUUAAUAUCAGCGAGCGUCAUCAAAUCCAUUCAAGCAUUUUCUCAGCAAUACAGUUGUACACCUGUGGAAUAAUUUGCCUGAGAGAAUAGUAGGAUCGCUGAAUCAGUUCCAUACAGCCAAGUCAAAAUACAAAUAGUCAGUGGCGGGCGUAGUCGUUUUCCAGUAUAUUAGAUUGUUACAUUUAUAGAGGUUUCCGGUCAGUACAUCCAAAAGCUCGGAUUUUUUUAAAUUUACCUAUUAUAUUUAUGUGCAUGCAUAGAAAAUGGUAGUACCUACCUGAUAAAUAAAUCCCAUAACAUUCGAAAAGGUAGGUACUUCAUUACCAAAAUUAUUGAAGGAAUUUCGACCAUGAGUGAUAUAUUAUGUAAGGACAAAAAAACUACUGAGUAUGUAGAUCAUAAGAAAAAAUACCAUAUGUGAUAGUUACAUAAAACUAUAUUUUUAUCAUUAUCAUAAUUUAAUAUUAUCAGAUCAAUUAAAAUGGUUUUCGUCCAUACUGAAAAUAAAUAUUUAUUGAAACAAUAUCAUCUUUUGUC